AUCUUUCAAGUUCAGAACUUGAGCUUCCCCCGGGAAAAGAAAAUCCAAAGAGAGUUCAUAAUUUUGUUUGUUCCAAUGAUUCAAAAAUUCGACCGCGCCGAACGCCGGAUCCUGUCGUUCCCCGCAGUUCGUCCCUGCGAGAGCGUCGAGCCGGCGAUCCUCACCGACUCUCUCAUUGCGCACUCCCGCGCAAUCUGCGGUUUCCAAUCGGAACUCUUCGUCACGCAGCGGCGGAACGCCAGGGAGACCGUCCGGCAGUCCCGGAUCCUGCUCGAGUUCUUCGAGGACGUCCGUGAACGCGGGCCGGUCCUCCCGUGUUCCGCGGUCCUCUGCUUCUCCGAGCUCCACACCGCGUUCCAGAAGAUCAGGUUCUUGCUCGAGGACUGCUCGUGCGAGGGCGCCCGGGUCUGGAUCUUGAUGAGGUCGCAGUUCGUCGCCGCGCAGUUCCGGGCGCUGGCCCGGGCGAUCGGCACGGCGCUCGACGUCUUGCCCCUGGACUCCAUCGACGCCGGCGGCGAGGUGAAGGAAUUGGUCGAGUUGGUGGCGAAGCAGGCGAGGCGGGCAAACUUCGAGCUCGAUAGCCGGGACGAGUACACAAUGAGGCAAGUCCGGUCGAUGCUCCUUUACUUCGAUAAAGGGAUCGAGCCGGACAGAGGCGUGAUCGAGCGGGUUCUCGAUUAUCUUGACAUAAGGAGCUGGAGCGACUGCAACAAGGAAAUCAAGUUCCUGGAGGGCGAGAUCAAUUUCGAGUGCUCGGAGGGUAAGGAGAGAGAAGCUCCAUUGCUGAGCAGUUUGAUGGCAUUCAUGAGCUAUUGCAGAGUGGUUCUGUUUGAAGUUCUGGAUCACAGGAGCACCCAGCAAUCAGAUGUCACGCAUAACUUGGAGACUCUCAGUUGCUUGAACCCGGAGGACUUCCGAUGCCCGAUCUCGCUCGAGCUGAUGACCGACCCUGUGACCGUCUCCACGGGACAAACCUACGACCGGUCGUCGAUCCAAAGAUGGCUCAAGGCUGGGAACAUUACCUGCCCGAAAACGGGAGAGAGGCUCGCGAGCACCGAGUUAGUGCCGAAUUCGGCUCUGAGGAAGCUCAUCAAACAUUUUUGCGCCGACAAUGGGAUCUCGCUCGCCAAUUCUGGAAGGAGAAGUAGUGACAUCACGAGGACUAUUGUUCCGGGAAGCACGGUGGCUGCAGAGGCGAUGAAAAAACUCUCAAAGUUUCUUGCAAGGAGGCUGGUUUUUGGGACGACUGAGCAGAAGCACAAGGCUGCUUACGAAAUCCGGCUGCUUGCAAAGUCGAACAUCUUCAAUAGGACAUGCCUGAUCGAAGCCGGCACGGUGUUGCCGCUGUUGAACCUCUUGUCUUCGGCUGAUGCAGCUACUCAGGAGAAUGCGACAGCGGCUCUAUUGAAGCUCUCAAAGCAUACUAGCGGCAAAAGGGUAAUUGUCGAUUGCGGCGGACUGAGCCCCAUCCUGUCCGUUCUAAGGAAAGGGUCGAGCCUCGAAGCAAGGCAAAUUGCUGCCGCGACAAUUUUUUAUCUAUCUUCUGUGAAGGGUUACCGGAAAUUGAUCGGGGAAACACCGGACGCCAUCCCAGCUCUCGUGGACCUCAUCAGAAACGGAAAGCCUUGCGGGAAACAGAAUGCGGUGGUUGCGAUUUUCGGGCUGCUUCUUUAUCCCGGGAACCAGUGCAGAGUCAUAGCAGCGGGAACUAUUCCAUUGCUGGUGAACGUCCUUGCUUCCUCGGAAAGAGAUGAUCUCAUAGUCGAUUCAUUGGCAGUUCUCGCUUCUCUAGCCGAGAAUGCCGAUGGGACCGUGGCGAUACUACGGACUCCGGUUUUGCCUCUGAUCAUUGGUUUCCUGCAGUCCGCCGCUUCUAAGCCCGGGAAGGAAUACAGCGUCUCGAUCUUGCUGGCCUUGUGCAGCAACGGAGGGAGCGACACGAUCGAAGUGCUGGCUAGGGACUCCUCGCUCACUGCAUCCCUCUAUUCGCUCCUCACCGACGGGACGUCGCACGCAAGCAAGAAGGCGCGGUCGCUCCUCAAGAUCUUGCUCAACUUCAAUGAGAGGAACAGAUGUCGGUUCUCGUGAUUUGGUCGGAGCCGCCGCCUUCGCCGGACCACAAUCUAGAGAAACCCCAUGUAAAUAGAUAUGAUGGUAAAGGACACUGGCUCAGUUUUUGCAGGAGCUAGCCUUCAUUUUUUCUUGCAGAAUAAGGCAGAAACGCCCAAUUUGUUAUAAGUCUGAUUGUAUUUGGAGAUGAUGUUGAAUAAA